GAGUUUUAUUUUGUUGUGAAUCAUCUUGGAAAUCUGGUUGUCCAUAUGGCGGGAAUGCACUACAAAUUCUUCCCUACAGAUUUCUACUACCCUCGUCUGCCACCAUCAAACUCCGGCGAGAGCGUCGGGAAGGCGGCGUCUGCGGUUCUUCCUGUGGUGACCAGAAAAGUAGCAGUGGAAGAAGCAGCAGAGAAAGAAAAAGGCAGGAAGAAGAAGAAGAUUGUGAGGGCCAUCAUCAAAAACUGACCCUCGCUCUAUUUUCUUCCUUCUGCUGCGCCCCACCCCAUCCCACCAUACUGCCGCCGCCCGCCGAGCGUUACUGCCGCCGACGACGCAAUGCUUUGCAGAUAGUGGACCAAGUUCUCCUCUAAGGUUCAAAGCAUUUGCAUUGCAUCUGAGAAAAACGAGGAGAAUUUAGACUGCCUUUUGGUGGCACAACUUCUGUUAUUGUUCGUCCUUCAAUCCACAAGAUGGGAAAGGCCAAGAAAGGACCCAAAUUUGCAGUCAUGAAGAAGAUGGUCACAUCAAAAGCAAUUAAGAACUAUAAGCAAGAGGUAUUGAAUCCAAAAAAAAAAGAUCUUACCAAGGAGAAUCUUCCAAGAAACGUUCCAAAUGUCCCUUCGGCACUUUUCUUCAAGUACAACACUGCUUUGGGGCCACCUUAUCGGGUUUUGGUAGAUACAAACUUCAUCAAUUUCUCCAUCCAAAACAAAUUGGACUUGGAGAAAGGAAUGAUGGACUGUUUAUAUGCUAAAUGCACUCCUUGUAUAACAGAUUGUGUGAUGGCUGAGCUUGAGCGAUUAGGUCAGAAGUAUCGUGUUGCUCUUAGAAUAGCUAAGGACCCACGUUUUGAGAGACUACCCUGUACUCAUAAAGGAACCUAUGCUGAUGAUUGCCUUGUUGAAAGGGUGACUCAGCAUAAGUGUUAUAUCGUUGCUACUUGUGAUCGAGAUUUGAAGCGUAGGAUUCGCAAGGUUCCUGGUGUACCAAUCAUGUACAUAACUCGGCAUCAAUAUUCAAUUGAGCGGUUACCCGAAGCAACAAUUGGAGGAGCUCCAAGGAUGUGAUUAUGACAAAAGAAAGAAGACUUGAAGAGGUUUUUUCUCCCACCAACAAAAUCUCUAUAAGAUUAAAUUUAAAGAAAAUAUUAGGAGGUCUUGUUAUCAUGUAAAUUAUUUGGCAUUAGGUGCUAUUGUGUUGUCUCAUUCUUUUUCAAUUGUUCAACUCUCCUUGGGAUUCGGUUUUCGAGAAAAGGUCCAAUCCUUUAAUAUCAUGAUUGGGUGAUGGGAUAGCAUCCCACCUUAUCUUGAUUGGUAGGCACAAUCGCUUGAGUCUAGUUAAUGAGUGGAGGAAUAACUUUCAAUGAAAAAUUUUCUUUAGCAAUCAGCGAUCGGUACUCCUUUCUUGUCUUCUUUUCA